AUGCGCGCACCAAGGAUCUUUCGCGGCCGCGAGGGGGACACCCCCGUGGUGCGUCCCAGCCGGAACCAGCUGCCCAUGUUGCAUCUGGCCGACACCGUGCGUAACAACUUCAUCGCGACUACGAGCGAGUUCGUCGGCACAUUUCUCUUCCUCUUCUUUUCUUUUGCCGGCACCCAGGUCGCAAACACCCCGAAGCCAGUCGAUGGCGCCCCGCCCAAUUUCCCGGCCCUGCUCUACUCUUCUCUGGCCUUUGGCUUCUCAUUGACCGUCAACGUCUGGGCCUUUUAUCGAGUGACCGGAGGGCUCUUCAACCCAGCUGUAACCCUAGCGCUAUGUCUCUGCGGCGGAAUGCCAGCCUUCCGCGGCCUGUUCGUCUUCGCGGCACAGCUCAUCGGCGGCAUUGCUGCAGCUGGCGUCGUCAGUGCUUUAUUCCCCGGUGAUCUCAACGUUGCGACACGGCUAGGAGGCGGCGCGUCGAUCUCGCAGGGCCUGUUCAUCGAGAUGUUCCUAACAGCACAGCUGGUCUUUGUGAUCAUCAUGCUGGCAGUUGUCAAACACAAGUCGACAUUCCUGGCGCCCGUCGCAAUCGGCCUUGCAUUCUUCGUGACAGAAAUGAUUGGCGACUACUACACCGGCGGCUCGCUGAAUCCCGCGCGCUCUCUCGGCCCCGACGUGAUCAACCGGACGUUCCCCGGCUACCACUGGAUCUACUGGGUCGGCCCGCUGCUGGGGUCGCUGCUGGCGUGCGGCUUCUACUACUUCCUGCGGCUGUUCUCGUACGAGUCCGUCAACCCGGGCCAGGACUUCAACGAGUGGGAGGCCAAGAUGGGGCCUGGCUCGUGGGACUCGAUGCAGGGGCGCACGUACUCGGACACGACGACCUUGAACCGGGGGGUGUCGCCGCGGGGGGAGCGCAAUCUCAAUAACGGCGCGAGCAGCAGUAAUAACAAUCACACUCCUCCGCAUCCGCAGCCGGCGCUUGGGGCGGAGCAGGUGUAG